UAGAGACUGUCCCUCCAACCCCUUUAGUCCACCCAUCACAUUCAUAGACCUGUCUCUUUCUUUUUCCCUUUAGUCACGCUACCCAAAUAGCCCCCACAAAUUCCCUCAUUUCCCCAAAUUCUGCAUCUUUUUUCUCUGUUUAAAACUUCAAAAUCUUCAUCUCAUCUGGGUAAAUCCCAAAUCUUCACAACAAUUAAAAAAAUGGACUCAUCUUCUCCCUCACCCAUCUCUUUACCCGAUCAGAAACCCAAGAAAACCUUCGUGGACUCACUAAUGGACUCCGCCACCACUCCCCACCGCACGCCGUCGUUCAAAGAAGACACUUACCAUCUCCACAACCUCAAACCUUCAGAAAAGAAAGCCCUCCAAGAACUCAAAGACAAACUCACCACCACCUCCGACGACGACAAUGCGUCCAUGUGGGGCAUCCCAUUGCUUCCACCCACCGCCACCACGGAGAAAUCCGACGUCAUUCUUCUGAAAUUCCUCAGGGCUAGAGACUUUAGGGUUCAAGAUUCACUCAACAUGCUCCUCAAGUGUCUUUCAUGGCGGAAAGAUUUCGGAGCCGACUCCAUUGUUGAAGAGGAUUUAGGGUUUAAAGAACUCGAAGGUCUGGUGGCGUAUAUGAAUGGGUACGACAGAGAAGGUCAUCCCGUUUGUUAUAAUGCUUAUGGCGUGUUCAAAGAUAAAGAAAUGUACGAGAAAAUAUUCGGAGAUAACGAGAAAUUGAAGAAAUUUCUCAGGUGGAGAGUGCAAGUUCUUGAAAGAGGGAUCAAGAUGCUCCAUUUAAGACCUGGUGGGAUUAAUUCGAUUAUUCAGGUUACUGAUCUUAAAGACAUGCCCAAAAGAGAGCUUAGAGUUGCUUCCAAUCACAUUCUCUCUCUCUUCCAAGAUAAUUACCCAGAAAUGGUUGCUCGUAAGAUCUUUAUCAAUGUACCAUGGUACUUCAGCAUGUUAUACUCCAUGUUCAGUCCAUUCUUGACUCAAAGAACCAAAAGCAAGUUUGUGCUUUCUAAGGAAGGAAAUGUCGCAGAAACCCUUUACAAGUACAUUAGGCCAGAGGAUGUUCCAGUACAAUAUGGUGGACUGAGUCGACCCAGUGAUUUGAACAAUGGUCCUCCCAAACCAGCUUCUGAGUUCACAGUCAAAGGUGGAGAAAAAGUUAAUAUUCAAAUUGAGGGCAUUGAGGCGGGUGCAACCAUAACUUGGGAUAUUGUGGUUGGAGGGUGGGAUUUGGAGUAUAGUGCUGAGUAUGUCCCCAUUGCAAAUGGAAGCUACUCGAUUGCGGUUGAGAAAACUAGGAAGAUGGGGCCCACGGAAGAAGCGGUUCACAACUCUUACACUGCAAAAGAAGCCGGAAAGUUGGUUUUGUCUGUUGAUAACUCGGUUUCAAGAAAAAGGAAGGUGGCAUCGUAUAGGUAUCUAGUAAGGAAAUCGGGUGUUGUGAUGUGAGUUUGUUCAUUGUUGUUGUAUGGUGUUUUGUUAUGGUGUUUUUUGUGGUAUUGAGAGAUUGUAAUGAAGUAAUGAUGUUUGUCUACGUGAUAUGUAAGUUGUAAGUUGUAACCAUAAAAACGGUU